ACCAAUUCUUCUUGUAUAUAUCAUCAACACACAAUUAGCCUCACUACACUCUCUCCACCAAGGAACAACGCACCCUUUAAUAAUAAUGGAGAACCGCCGCCAAAAGUCGAGCUCCGGGGAGCUGUUCUCCUUCCCUAGUACCCGAAAUCAAGACCAAGAUUCUGACUUUGAAUUUGGUUGCUUUACUCCUGACUCUCCCUCGCAAGACCCUUCAAGAAACUCACCUGCUGAUCAUCUUUUCUUCAACGGCCGCCUCUUGCCUCACUCUUUCCCAUGCGAUCAACGACCGUCUACUGACAACAUUAAUGCUGGUAUAUCUCGUGCGACAAGUCGAACGAGCAGUGUUAGUAGCAAGGAUUCGCUCAGGUCGUCGAGAAGUAAUAGUACUAACAGCAGGAGCAGUAGCUGCAGCAGCGCGAGAACGAGCUCGAGUGACAAUUCGGAGAGGAGAUUCUUGUAUUACAAUAACAAAAACACUGCAUGCAAAGCGACGAAAGCGAGUAGAAUCGUCACCGCUCAGCUGUAUGGAUCUUCGCAGAGGUGGCAACAUCUGACGCCGGUGCCUGCUGCAGUGCUGAAACGCGAGACUUCGCAGAGGAGAAAUGCCGGCGGAGCUGUGUUGAAAGAUGGGUUGAGAUCACCAUCUUCAUCAUCAUUAAAUAGAUCAGCUUCGCAAGGUACAGAAAGGAGGAGGAGUAGCCGUGACAGGGCGGCGGCGCAAGGGCUCUGCAAGAGAUUUUUCAUGUCGUUUUUGUUUGCUUGCAGAGAGUGCCAUGCCAUGGAACCAUCCACGAAAGAUGACAUUUUGCAAGCAAGACAUAUAAAAUUAUAGUUUGGUAUCUUGUUUUGGCAUGUAUUUUUGAGUAAUUGUAUAUUUUUUCAUCGAAAAUAUAUAGUCAUUUUCUGGAGUGAAGCUCAUCUCUCUUACCUGAAUGUCUACUAAAUUUUUGUAGAAUUACAAGAUGGAGUAAUGGUUUGAAAAUGCUUUAUUUUUGUACUUGGAAAGCUUUGUGAUAGUAUAAUCGUUGAAGAGCUUGAGAAAUGUACUUUGGCUGCAACAGAAUUAUGGAUUUUCUGUUUUUCUUCUGCAAAAAGCCUGUACAAUCAUUUGGAUCUAUGUCCUUCCAUUACUUAUUCAAAAGGUGUUUAGGCCAAUUUACGCACACCUCAACUAAUCUUCUGGGAUUUUGGAACUAAGAGUCACCCUACCUGAAACUACUAAUCGAGUAAGAGCUCUAGUGACUACCUCUAUUAGCACCUGAUGAGAGACUCGAGAUCGAGAUCUCCUGAGUAAUACACCCAAAAGACCUUAUCGAAUCGUUCGACUACCCAAAGGUAG